GAGCUACAUAUGAAGCAACACACAGACCGGACAUGGUUCUCUGAAGUCACAUUGAACCAAAGCUGCUCACGGAAACAUCAGAGCUGUUGAGAGGUCCACCUGGUGACUUUAGUCUGGUCAUCAUUGAUGAUGUUUUCCUCAAGGGUUGUCCCACGACUAAAUCUUUUACACAGAGCAACCUGUGCACUGAGAGCCCAUACAGAAGUUUUAAAUGGAUGUGUACAAGCAGCCACUCCUGCUUACUGCUCCUCGCUACAACAGAAACUGAGAACAUACUCGACAGCAGCAGACAACAGAUCUCCACCACGAUGGGUCCAACUGGAGCCAGAGCUGGACGAAGCCCUCGUGCCGCGGAAGCUGUCAGUGAGUCCUCUGGAGAGCUGGCUGUCCCUGCGCUACUCCCUUCCUCCGCUGCUGGAGUCUGCUCAGCCUCCGGGAGAUGGAGAGCUGCUGGAAGAGAAGGUCCUGCCCCCCGUAUCUGUCCCGGUUUUGGAGGAAGGAGAGGGCUCAGCAACACCCUUGAGUUGCAAGAAUGUUCUAGAGAUCCGACGGCGGAAGAUGAACCGACAUAAAUACAAGAAGCUGCUAAAACGCACUAAAUUCUUGAGGAAAAGAGUGAUGGAGGGCAGAGGGAGGAAGAAGCAGAAACGCUUUGAAAAGGAUCUGAAGAGGAUUUGGAGGCGAGCUGGACUGAAGACUGCUCCGGAGGGGUGGACCGCACCGAAGAUCUUCCUCAAACAGCAUGGAAACAGAAGGAACUGACAGACACGUGACAAUGAUUCUAGUUUGCUUCAUGGCUCACUGGAUGGCCUACACACACUUCUGCUCCGACAUCCUUCCUGCUUCUUUCUCUGCAUAUCAGUUUAUUAGAAGCUUGUUUUGUGAUGAGACCAUUCUCUGUGUGUGAGCAGUUCGUUUCAUUGUGUACAUCAUCUAAUAAAGAUCUCUCUGCCGA